AUGUAUCAGAAGUCAUCCCCGAUCGUGGUGCUCGCCCUGUGCCUAAGCAUUGCCCUGGCCGCCCGUCUCCAGGCGCCCGCCCACAAGACGCAGGCCCACAUCCAGGAGCUGAAGGCGGAGAGCCAGGACCUGGCCAGCGCCCAUAGCCAGUCGUCAAAUCUGUGCUUCAGCAACUACCUUCCCAUUCUGGAUGCCAUCAACACCGCGUACGAGAUCGAUUUCGAGGCCUGCAUCACCACCUAUGAGAGUGGCAGUGCCGCAAUUGAUGUCAAGUACUCUUCCGAUUUCCAGGACAUCGUGAAUAGUGCCGAGAACUCGUGCAGAGAGCUACAAAAGUGUCAAUAUUGGUCAUAUUCGAAGAUGCCCCUCGAGGAUGUGUUGUCAGGACUCGAUUGCGCCACCACUGUGGCUGCCGACGAUGCCAAGGUCUUUUACAACAUCUCGAGCACGGCAACGGAGCUGGGUGCUAAGAUCCAGGGCGACUAUCAAAUUAUCGACGGCAAGAAGGACCUCUGCGUGAACGAAGCGGAGCGGACAUAUGUGGAACGCACGACCAACACCUAUGAGCAGUUGAAUGCCUGCUUAAGGGGCGAUAUCGCAGUUGGUCCUCCAACAUUGGCUCCAACAACAACAUGGGCCCCAUCAGAUACGACAAAAUAUAUAUAA